AGAAAAGGGGGGGCCUGCGCCGCCGGCGCGACUUUAGCCACGGGGUCUGGUGCGCGGCUGACGGACACCGGGCUCUGCCGCAAGCGCCCGUCCCUCGAGCGGAGCGCCCAUCGCUGGCGAGCGGCGGCAGCCGGGCCCGGGCGGGGACGCGGAGCGCGGCGACAGCCGGCGGAGCGUGUUUGCCUUGCCUGGCCGGCGGGCGGGGAGGAUCGGCUCGGCUCCGCUCGGCGAGGUCGGCGCUGACGGCGGCGGGGGCAGUCUGCCGUGCCGCACAACCAUGCCCGCCCUCCUCGUCCUCCUGCUGCUCCUCAGCUGCCGCGCCGCCGCCGAGGACGACGGCUCCCUGCUCCGGCCGGGCCCGGGCAGGCAGAGCGCGGCCGCCGCGCCCCCGACGGCCGCGACCCCCGAGCACAACGCGUCCCGCCCGGCCGCGCUGCCCAAGGGCGCGGGGGCGGCUGGCGGGCGGCCGCGCCCGGCUUCGCCCCCCAUGUGCACGGGGCAGACGGAGAUCAAGGAGACUUUUAAGUACAUCAACACGGUCGUGUCCUGCCUGGUCUUCGUCCUGGGCAUCAUCGGCAACUCCACGCUGCUGCGGAUCAUCUACAAGAACAAGUGCAUGAGGAACGGCCCCAACAUUCUCAUCGCCAGCUUGGCUUUGGGCGACCUGCUCCACAUCAUCAUUGACAUCCCCAUCAAUGUCUACAAGCUACUUGCAGAGGACUGGCCCUUUGGUGUCGAAAUGUGCAAAUUAGUGCCCUUCAUUCAAAAGGCGUCGGUGGGCAUCACAGUGCUGAGUUUGUGUGCCCUCAGUAUAGAUAGGUACCGAGCAGUCGCUUCUUGGAGUCGCAUUAAAGGAAUUGGAGUGCCAAAGUGGACUGCUGUGGAAAUUGUCCUGAUCUGGGUCAUAUCAGUGAUACUGGCUGUUCCAGAAGCUAUUGCAUUUGACAUGAUUACGAUGGAGUACAGGGGAAGGUAUCUUAGAAUCUGCUUGCUUCACCCCAUGCAGAAAACAUCUUUUAUGAUGUUUUACAAGCAAGCUAAAGACUGGUGGCUGUUCAGCUUUUACUUCUGUUUGCCGCUGGCUAUCACAGCAUUUUUCUAUACUCUCAUGACUUGCGAGAUGUUACGAAAGAAAAGUGGGAUGCAGAUUGCUUUAAAUGACCACUUAAAACAGAGACGUGAGGUGGCCAAAACUGUGUUCUGUCUGGUACUUGUUUUUGCCUUGUGUUGGCUCCCACUUCACUUAAGCAGAAUCUUGAAACUCACUAUUUAUGAUCAGAAGGACCCCAACAGAUGUGAACUUUUAAGCUUUUUUCUCGUGAUGGACUACAUCGGUAUUAAUAUGGCUUCACUGAAUUCCUGCAUCAAUCCAAUAGCUCUGUAUUUGGUGAGCAAAAGAUUCCAAAACUGCUUUAAGUCAUGCUUGUGCUGCUGGUGCCAAUCCAAAGAUCUGUUGUCCCUGGAGGAAAGGCAGUCCUGUUUAAAGUUCAAAGCUAAUGAUCACGGAUAUGAUAAUUUCCGCUCCAGUAACAAGUACAGCUCUUCGUAAAACAAGCAUAAAAGGUAUAUUCUCUUACAUUAAUGCUGGUGCCUUUUUAAGUAAAAGUGGCGAUUACUUUUAACAAGAUGGUAACAUCCAGAAAAAUCUAGUUUUGUAUUUGCACAAAAAAAAAGAACAUUAAAGAAAAUUGCCCUAAAACUGUGUCAUGUUGAAAAUCACGGACAUUUAUGAAAUCAUCAUUUAUGGAACAUGAAGAAAGGCAUAGAAAGAACAAGUCAUUGUUAGCACUUGAAUACUUCUGAAUCAGCACUUCCAAAUGAUCCCCACUUCCUGUACAUUAAGCGAUCGUUUGUAUUCUCUGUAACAGUUGUAGGAACUGAAGUCACAGCAAUUAUUAAGCAGCAUAAUAUAAAGUUAAUUGGAUCAAAGCCAUUAUUAUAUGUAACUCAAUGUAUUAUCUUUUCUAAAGCAAAUUAACCACCAUCACUAUUGUGAGGUUUUUUUAAAUAAAACAUGAAAUACUUUGUAAUAGAAAUCUAAAUGUUAAAAAGUAGAAUUUUUAUCAGGUAUAUUAUAGAGGUAGCUACUGAAAAUAUUAAAGGAUGCAGUAAAGUCAAAAGUGCAUUUUACUUUGAUGAUUGUUUUUACCUAUUAUUGCUAGAAGGAACCUCCCUAGGGCUCUAUAAAUUCCUUUCUGUAGCCACUGUGCGUCUUCAGUGCAUUUGGCAGCACUUUGGGUGUGAGUAUUUGUGUUUACUGAUAGCAAAGGAGAGAAAAACACACCAAAAGCAAAAAAUUAAUACUACUAGAAACAUACAGACAACAGCCUUUUUAGCUGAAAACAAAUGGAUUGUAUCUUGUGUAAAUGUGGGCAUUCCAGAUCUUGAUGGUUCUUUACUGGAGAUACUUUUGUGACGAUUUCCAACUGUUUUUGCAAUCCAAAUACCAUCUUAGGGCAAAAUUUUUUAGAAAUAGCAGGUGGGGAAAAAUGUAACCAAGGUUAAAAGAGAGAAUUUGAACUUUCUAUCUGCAUUUAGAUUUAAAUCUUCAUAAAGAAAAUAAUUCAUGAACUGUACUUCUAGAGAACAGUACUAUGUAGCUUACUCAUCUUCAUACUAUUUUAAAAUAUAUUCUACUUCCGUAGUUCAAUAUUUAUGGGCAUAAGAAGAUGUGUGAUUAGUUUCUGCUUCUGUAAAUAGUGUAGUGAAAUGUAAUUAAUUGUAAAGUAUUAAGAUAUGGGCAGGACCCUGUAAGAACAGAAAAAGAUAAAGAUGCCUGUAGUAAACAUGAUGUGUGUUGCCAGGAGCAAUGCAUAUUUUGUAUAUACAAGACAGGUUAUUCUUUGACUUUUCAUUUCCUAUUAAUUUGUUACAGAUCUCCCCAAAGACUUAUUAACAUAUUUCAUGCACUAAGGCAUGAGUUUUUCAAGAAAAAUUGUCAUAUAUGCAAACAUGCUUUUAUGAAAGACAUGUUUUCAAAAGGCUUGGUAUUUUAUUAUAAUAAAAUUAUUUAUCAAAACUCAGGAAUUUUUUUAUUUUAAAUUUCCAGAUCUCACAUGUAAGGAUUUUUACCUUUUUAUUUUCCAGUCUUGAUUAACUUCCAAUAUUUUACAAAAGUGCCUUAAAUGUGCUCAGGAUGAAAACAGCUUCCAUUAAAAUGUUCAGCUGAUGUUACCUUAGAUGGGUUUCUGACUUUAGGUAGCUACAGCUACCUUGCAGACAGCUAAAAACUGGGUGGUGAGCCCCAUUCCUGGUGUUGCCCCCAUCAAAAGCUGGUAAGUGAAUGCUUGUAUAAUCAAGCUGAGGAGGACCUCUGCACAUGCAUUUGAGCAUGAGCACGUGUGUGUUUGUGUGUGUGUGUGCAAGCGUGUGUGUUGUCUACCAUAAGGUUGCUGUUACUGUCUUGCUGCAGCACAUCCACUCAGCUGCUAUAAUGCUGAACUUUUAUAAAUAUAAAUCUAUUUUAAGUUUCCUUCUUUACAUUUUUACCUUAAUUUUCAUGGUAACUUUCUCACAGUAAGCCAUGAAUAUCACUUCCUGUCAGCCUACCUGCAUCUAUUUCUGUGAAAUGCAUUUCAUCUGUUAAGGAUGAAUAAUCAGUGAAAUCCUAGAUUUGAUACUGAUCAGUGUUAUUUUCCUCAAGUUAUAUCAUUACAAUAUUGUACAUGUAUAUUAUUAUUUUUAUUUAAAAUAUAGCUGUUGUAUUGGCGACUGUGUAACAUACUUUUCAUUUUUUCCUGGACUAAUUCUUUGUUAAGUCCUGCUAAGUCAGAUAUUCAGGUUUUCAAAUAAAGACCAUAUAUACUGUCCCUUUUUUGGGCUCAUAUAUAAAUAUUAGUACACUCUUUGUCAUUUUUUCAGUAUUAUUCAAAGCACUAUUUUUAUUGAAGCUUUCAUUUCCUAUAAUAAAAAAUUUCAAAACUUCUGUUCUUAUACAGAAUAUAUAUUAAAUCCCUUAAUACUCCACACAGGUGUUUUCUGAAAUCCUCAGUACAGGUCUUUUCCUCCACUCACUGAAAUCAGUAAACAUUUAACCAUUCAAUUCAGUUCAAGCAGAAUUAGGGCCUAACAUAGCUCUUUAAAAAAUCUGACAUUUGCUACUUUGAACAACAACCAAAAAAGCUACAUUCAUUUUUUUUUUCAGGAGUCGAUUAGAAAACAUAGGAAAAGAGGGUAAAAUCAGCUUUUGGGGAAAAACAUCCAGUCUAAGGCUCUCUAAUCCUCAAAUGGGGUCACAGGUCACAGAACAAUUGCACAGAGACACAGGCAUCUUUAUAGGAGUGCUUGCCCAGAGUGGUGUGACAGUAAGAGUUAUCUGUCCCAGUGGUCUGAAGAGUUCACACAGAAUGGCUCAAGGUGAAAAAAACAACUUAUAAGAGACUACAUCACAACUCUGUGUUUUGGCCUUCAGACAGCAGUUAGAUUUUAGUUCCCCAGCUGCUCUGAAUUCAGCCUAAACUGAACUGAAACACUGGUACUACACCUCAGAGAAUCAAAUGCAAAAGUUGUUGGUUGUGGAGUGUCUGCUGUGAGCUGUGACAUUUCAGUGUCCCAAACAGCUCUUGAUCGAGACACAGCUGGCUUAGCAAGAGAAUGUUGUAUGUACUGAAAUAAUGUUUAAAGGAAUUUUUUUAAUUGUUCUGUAUAGCUGUGUAAAAUAAUUCUAUAUUUCAUUUUCUGUGAUGACUUAAAAUAGCAACUUCUGUAGUUCAAGCAGAGUAAACAUUCUAAAUUACCAAUAAAAUAUUUGUAAUUUUGAUUCAUUUCAAAAA